UAGCAACCAGAGCAGUGACAGUAGCAACGGCCGGAAUGGCAAAAGCAACAACAAUCAAAGAAGCCCUAGCCAGAUGGGAAGAGAAAACUGGUCAGAAGCCAUCCGAAGCCAAAGAGAUAAAGCUUUAUGCGCAGAUUCCCCCUAUAGAGAAGAUGGAUGCAUCCUUGUCCACACUUGCUAAUUGCGAGAAGCUCUCACUGUCUACAAACUGCAUUGAAAAAAUCGCCAACCUGAAUGGCUUGAAAAACUUGAGGAUAUUGUCAUUAGGAAGAAACAACAUAAAGAACUUAAAUGGACUGGAAGCAGUGGGGGACACAUUAGAAGAACUGUGGAUAUCCUACAAUUUUAUUGAGAAGUUGAAAGGGAUCCAUGUAAUGAAGAAAUUGAAGAUUCUCUACAUGUCUAAUAAUCUAGUAAAAGACUGGGCUGAAUUUGUGAAGCUGGCAGAACUGCCAUGCCUGGAGGACCUGGUGUUUGUAGGCAAUCCCUUGGAAGAGAAACACUCUGCUGAGGGGAACUGGAUUGAUGAGGCGUCCAAGAGAGUGCCCAGGCUGAAAAAGCUGGAUGGUACCCCAGUAAUUAAAGAGGAUGAGGAAGAAGAAAACUAACACCACAUUUUCUGCUAUGUCUUAAUUUAUUUAAAUGUCUUAAG